AUGUUAUUCAAAUCAGUUAUUUCCUUAUCAAAUAAAUCAUUAAAUGUCACAUCUAGAUCAUUAGUUUCAAAUGAUUCUAAUUUAAAUACUUUAAAUUUAACUUGUGAUUCUGUUUCAAGUGUAACUUCAACAACUUUCUUUACAAGACCAAACUUUAUAAACUAUUAA